AUGACUUUCCGGUUUCCGGGGUCGCUCGUGAACAGAGCUUUGCGCAGCAAACUUCUCACCGCGCAGCAACACCGCGCAUCCAUUGCAGCUGCAUUGCGGUUCCCGCAGACACAGACAUGGCUCUCAUCUAGCCCCCGGUUCUACUCCUACGCCUCCGAACGCUCCUCCGGUCGAAACGACUCCUACCGCAAGAAUUCGCGCCCCGCCCCAGGCCGUUUCGAGAAGGAUGGACAAAAGCCGACGAACAGAGGAAGGGGGAAUCGAAAGACAUUCAAGGAUGGUCUAUCUUCAAAGAAAGAUCGGGACUUGUUGAUGGCUAUUGCAUCUGGCAAGGAAUCGCUCGGCGGCCGGUAUGAUGUUGAUAGCGAUAUCGCUGAAAGCGAGGCUCUGGAUAAGGAGGCUGCAGAGAAGUGGUCUACUCAAACAGAGACAUCUGGCACCGAGGCGUCUGAAAAUGAUGCCUCGCAAGAUCAAGCUUCUCAGACUGAGACUGCCAAUCGUGAUGCUCCCGAAGAACCCAGUCCUUCGAUGAUAAAAUCACUCAAAGUUCCCAACAAGGUCAUCACUGAGGAGCUGAAAUGGUUGUCCGAUCCUCGUGACUUUGCAGAACGGGUGUCGCGCAUUUUGCACGCCGGUGAUCCGGCCCUGGCGGCGGCGCUGAUCCGUACUGGAACGAAGCAGGGUAUGAGAUGUGAUGUUGCUUGGAAUACCCUGUUCCAAUAUUGUAUGGAUCAGAAUCACCCGCAAGCUGCAUUCAAAUUUUAUAAUGAUAUGAAGAAACGUGGCAGAAAACCGAAUCCAUCGACGUACACAAUUAUGUUGAAGGGUUUCAGCUCAGCCUCAGAAUCACCGAAUAUCGUCAAGACUGCCGCCUCUGUCUACCGCUCGAUCUCCUCCCCGAACUCCGGCGUCAGCCUGAGCAUUAUCCACACCAACGCCAUGCUUACGGUUUGCCAACGGCAUAAUGAUAUGGAUCGUUUGUGGAAGAUUGCCGGAGACCUACCAGAGGAGGGACCAGGUGCUCCGGACGCAGCCACCUAUACGAUUAUCCUGGGCGCCGUUCAAUUCGCAGCUCGUAGGGAUAUUCAGAAAAUGUCCCCUGAAGAGAUUGAUAAGAUUCUUGAGCGGAAGGCUCAGGCUAUGACCGAAGGAAAGCGGAUUUGGGCCGAUAUCGUUUAUCGGUGGAAGAACCAAGCCCUGGAACUUGACAACUCUGUUGUGAAUGCCAUGGCUAGCUUGCUCCUGGACGGUGCUAGUGACAUUGACUGUUACAAUGUCAUGGAGCUGUAUAAGCAAACUAUGGGUAUUCCCAUACUGCAAAAACGGCCUGUCGAGUCUGAGAGUUCAUCCCGUCGCAGGAUCACUCAUGAAGAAACCCAAGCACUCGAACAGUCCCAUUCAGAACGGCAAGAGAGUAUGGAAGAUGUUCCCUUUGUGGAUGAGAAUAAUCAAAUCCUGAGAGAAGCAGAGCCGGACGAGGAGUCCCAGCCUCUUGCCGAAGAACAACCAGAAGAAUUAGAGGAAGAAGAACCAGAAGAGGAAGAAUCAUUUGAAGACCUCUUCAAGCCUGUCGUCCCAGACUCACCGGAGAUUUCUUUCCUCAAGCCAGACAGCAAAGAACUCACUCUUCUUCUGAAUGCCUGCUUCACCAUAACUCACGGCACGGAGGCUGGUAUCAACUACUGGAAACUUCUGACAUUGGAAGACACCAACCAUCUCAUCGAACCCGAUAGCGUCACCUACCUUCAAUAUUUCCGCCUCCUCCGCAUUUCCCGCUCUAGCAAAGUCGGCGUCGCAGCUUUACGGGACCAGAUGAUUCCUUCCGGUGUAGCAAACGGAAAAGCAUUCCACGUCGCCCUCAGUAUCUGUCGCCGUGACCGUCGCAACCACUCGGUUCUUCAGCACGCAAACGAGCUGAUGUCCUUGAUGGGCAAAGCGUUGAUCCUCCCGGAUAUCCGAGUCCUUGAGGGUUACUUAGAACUGAUCCAGAUCCUUUCCAGCCAACCCUCCGUCCUCCUGCACCUGCGAGGCCUUGACAUGGAAGAAACCUCCACCAGGAGCAGACUGCAAGAUAUAGGCCGCAAGAUCCAAGCGAAGCUGCGCUUGGCAGCCCUCGCCACCCUGCGACCCUAUACCGCCCAGCUCCAUGAGGCAAUGGAGUUUGGAGCCCCCUCGCACAAAACUCGCUGGAGCGCCCUCCAAAACCAAAAAUCAGACUCCGUCGCCGGUGCCUCGGCCGUCAAGGUCUUGUCGCGCAUCCGUCUGGUAGUCGACGAUACUCUGAAGGUCGACUAUAAGUCGUUCGUUUCAAAGGCCGAGCGCAAGAUCCUGAUGGAAGAAUCGAACAUGCUGAAGAAGUACUCUGACAAAGAUGUUAUUCAGAACUUCAGGGGCAAGACUAUCUACCCAACACCCGAGCAGAAGAGGUUCGGUGGUGAGCGUAUCAAGAAAUUCCAAUUGGAAGCCCAGAAGACUUUCUGGAAGAAGAAUAUCGAAGAUGGUUCUUCUCAGCAGGUGGAGGAGAAGGUCCCGGAAUGGGAUGAAUCUUUCCCUAAGAAGGACUAA